ACGAAUUGUAGCAAAGCAGGUACUUGUUUCAUAAAAUGAUAUUUCGUUUCAGUUUUUUGACUCACAUUAAGUUAUGGAAUUAUUAAAAUUGUCGAUCAUUGGAUUUGUGGUUUUCAUAUUUGCAAAAGAAGGUUUCGGUUUAAUGUGUUACUCGUGUACUUACUGCGACCAUCCAGAGUUCUGGCAUAUUCGUACCUGCUCUAGAGACCCUCUCCCAGCUGGUCGUAACUGGACAUGCGAAAAAGAUGUGAAGAUAGGACCCAACCGGGGCGUCAGAAUUGAUCGAUCGUGCGGAAUAAAUUACCAUGAUCAGCCCUGCCCUCCCGGAGUACAUUGGAAAGAUAGGAGCAUUGACGAAUGUUACUGCAAUACAGAUUUAUGCAACAAAGGAUUACAGAAUACAGCAAAUAUAUUCCUAACGUUGGCGGUUAUCAUAGUCCUGUAUUUAAAUUUUCUGUUUUACUGAAUCUCGUUGUAUUUCAUUGCUUUCCCAUUCACACCACAAGUACAAAUGGUUCAGAACAGUCCCAAGAACGGCGAAUAUGGAAUACUUUUUUCAAAUUACUCUUUUCACUCAACGGCUAAGAGCAGGGGCGUGUCAAACUUUUCUGCUGCCCAUGGCGAGUUUCUGAUAAUGAUCCCCGGAGGCUCCCGAAGUAUGCGAACCAAGAUGGCGGACAUCGGAAUGUAAUAUGUGUACUAGGUUAGGGUU